GAGGGCGUUCUCUCCUCCUGCAUUAUUUCGCAGUCACCGCCUACAGAGAUUGUGAACACCACUACCACCACCUCCACAAUCACGGAUUCUAACGGUCGAGUAAAGAAGCUCAAAACCACGACCACCACGACCUUACGAACCACAACCACAGUUCGAAGGGUCUGUGUGGUAGCCCCAGGAGGGACGGUCCCGGGAGCUGCCGUUCCAGAAGGCAGCAUCAUACUUCCGGAAGGCACAAAGGUGUUUGCUGAAACUCCAGCACUUCCGAGCUUGGCUGAGGAGGAUGCUCUGCAAACCAAUGGAGGCUCGGGGGUGGUUCGCUUGACGCACGUGUCCGGAGGUGAGGGCAAUUCUACCCAGCCGAGGAACAUAACCCAGGUCACCUUUAUGAAACCUCAAACGCAGACAUCAGAAGUGGUUGAGUUUGAGGAGGUCACUUUCGGCUGUAGUUCAUUUGUCAGUUUGCCUUUCAAAGACGAUAAUCGUGUCAUUUGUGUUCAGGUCCACACCGGCGGUAAGUCAGGUGAUGAGGGCUUAGCGGAGGGCGCUUCACAAGCAAAAACCACCACAAAAACAGUUCGAAAACGUGUUACCACCUCGGUCUCCGCGGUGUUUGCCUCUCGACACACGAAAGUGGACGGCAAAAGUCUAUCCAACGAAGACUCUGCCGCAAUGACCGCACUACGAGAGUGCGAGCGUCAAUUCGCGACUCGACUUGGCAUCACCAAAACCCCUCCCACCGACGCCUCCACAACAGUCGUCGAUCAGUACACCUCCGAGAACGGUAAAACCACAACAACGACAACCACUACUCUGAAGGGCACGGGAUUCCCCUCUUUAUUUGAUGGGUUGCCACUGUACCAGGGCUACGGUAUGAUCGGUCAGCACGCUAAAGCCAAUGAUCUCUCGGAAUCACCAGUCUCCAUCUUCUUCAACGGUUCCCUUGAUCAGCUUGAUGUGGCCUCUCUCACAAAGAUGUUUGAAGAGGCGACAAAAGCUACCCUUCUCUCCAAUGACCUCAACAAUUUCUUUGGUGAUCUCACAAUCUCUCAGAGACCCGCGAUUGACAUCCCUGGUGUGGUGAUUGAGGAGGCCUCCGAGAGUGAUCGCAAAGAAUCCCCACCCCUGGGAGGUGGAACUAGCGAGGAAGCCAGUCGGAAGACCUCAGUUCCGUCAAUCAGUGGGGGCGCUAGUGCAUCAGACGCCUCCGCCGCAGGGACAGCUGGGGAGGCCGAGGGCGAGGGACUUGGCUACAAACAUCAAAUUCUCAACCAACUGGCCACAAAAACAGGACCCUGUCGGAUCGCCUGGUCAGAAAUGCCUGAGGGUGAAACAUUGUGUUUGGGAGUCAAGGCAUUUGAAGCCGAUUUUGUACGACAACUUGUCGUCACUGAAAUCAGUACAACCAUGCCCCGGGGGAAGGGGUGGUUUACUGCAUUGUAA